GCGGUCCCUGUAGGGGGCGGGAUGACGGACUGUCAGUCAGGGGCCUCUACGCGUUGUGAUUGGCCGAUAGCUGGAACGAGGGCGGGAGCUUCCGGGCGGUUGUUGGGCUCGGGAUGGCUUCCUCUGUGUGUUAGAAUCGGGGGUGAGAUCUCCCGGUACCGGCCUUAGACCGAGGCCAGCAGUGUACCCCCAUUACCGGCUCACAGCCCCCCAGUCUCCACCCUCUACAGCUCCACUGUACCACAAUCUCCCCCUGCCAGCCCAGGGCACAUCCUGUUGCCCCCCCUUUCCUAUAGUUACCCCCAAAUCACAGCCUGGGGCCCCCUAUUCUCUGCAGUUACCCCCACAUCACAGCCUAGGCCCCCAUUCCCUAUAGUAACCCCCAAAUCACAGCCUGGGGCCCCCAUUCUCUAUAAUAGGGCCCCAAGAACCUGGGGCCCCAAAAUACUGGUCACCCUCAUUAUUUAUAGCAGCCCCCCAAAAGACAGGUUUGGGUUCACCCCAAAAAAGAGGUCCCCUUCCAGCCAAGUGCCCCCCCCCCCUCAAUACUGUAUAGUACAACUAUACACCUGUCAGUGGCCCCCAAUCUUGUAGCAACACCCUGUUACCCCCACCCAGGGGUAACCCCCACUUACACCCCAAUCCCCCCCAUAUAUAACUGACGCUGUGUGGGCAAAUAGAGGAAGGGGCUGGUGUCACCCUGCUCCCCCCCACUCCCCUUCCGGAGAGACCACUCACAAACUCCAAAAUGGAGCAGAAAUCUAAAGGGAAACUACUGAUCUCCACCAGCCUGGAUGCCAAGGACGAGCUGGAAGAGCGUCUGGAGCGCUGCAUGGGGCUGGUAACCUCCAUGACGACCGGCGUGUCGGAGCGAGAAGCCAACGACGCGCUCAAUGCCUACGUGUGUAAAGGAGCCACCCAGCAUGAAGAGGUCUGUUUGGGACUCUUUACCCUCGUGCUGUAUGAGCCGGCCCAGGCACAGAAGUGUUACCGCGACCUGGCUCUUGUCAGCAGAGACGGCAUGAACAUCGUCCUCAACAAGAUCAACCAGCUCCUAAUGGAGAAAUACCUGAAGCUGCAGGACACCUGCCGGACACAGCUGGUGUGGCUGGUCCGAGAGCUGGUGAAGAGCGGGGUGCUGGGCGCAGAUGGGGUGUGUAUGACCUUCAUGAAGCAGAUCGCAGGGGGCGACAUAUCCGCUAAGAAUAUCUGGCUGGCUGAGAGUGUGCUGGAAAUUCUGAUGGAUCAGAAGGAGUGGGUCAUGAAGAGCAGCAUCCUCAUAGCGAUGUCUGUGUACACCUACCUGCGACUGAUUGUAGACCACCACGGCACCCCCCAGCUCUCGCCGCUGAGGCAGAAGGAGGUGGAUUUCUGCAUGAUGCUCCUCAGAGAGCGGUUCAUGGACUGUUUCAUGAUUGGACGGGACUUGGUGCGGCUCCUGCAGAACGUCGCUCGGAUCCCGGAGUUUGAUUUGCUGUGGAAGGAUAUGCUGCACAACCCACAAGCUCUGAACCCCCAAUUUACAGGAAUACUCCAGCUGCUGCAGUCUCGCACAUCCCGGAAGUUCCUGGCGUGUCGACUGACCCCCGAUAUGGAGACCAAGCUCCUCUUCAUGACAUCACGGGUGCGCUUCGGUCAGCAGAAGAGGUACCAAGAUUGGUUCCAGCGCCAGUACCUCUCCACCCCGGACAGCCAAUCCCUACGCUGCGACCUGAUCCGCUAUAUCUGUGGGGUGGUGCACCCGUCUAAUGAGGUGCUCAGCUCCGACGUCCUGCCUCGCUGGGCGAUCAUCGGGUGGCUGCUGACCACCUGCACGUCCAACGUGGCUGCGUCCAACGCCAAGCUGGCCCUGUUUUACGAUUGGCUGUUCUUCAGUCCGGAGAAGGACAGCAUCAUGAACAUUGAACCGGCCAUCCUGGUGAUGCACCACUCUAUGAAGCCGCACCCGGCCAUCACCGCCACCCUGCUGGACUUCAUGUGCCGGAUAAUACCCAAUUUUUACCCUCCUCUAGAGGGGAACGUCAGACAAGGGGUGUUCAGUUCCCUCACCCACAUCAUGGAGAAGAGGGUCUUGGCACACUUGGCUCCAUUGUUCCACAACCCCAAAUUAGACAAAGAAUUGCGAUCGAUGCUCAGAGAAAAGUUUCCAGAGUUUUGUAACCUCCCAUCUCCUGCAUCAGAAAUAAAGACGGAGGAGCCGGCAUCCAUGGAGAUGGAGAACAGCCUGGCAGACAAGGAGGAGAGCUGCUACGACAAUUCGGAGGCUGCGUUCAGUGAUGAUGAGGAGGAGUUGACCAGCAAGAGUUCGGACAAUGAAAAAAAGCGGGAGUUCCGCUUCCAUCCCAUCAAGGAGCCCAUCAUUGAGGAGCCCGUGGACAUUACCCCGUACUUGGAGCAGCUGGAGGAGCCUGUGAGGGAGAAGGUGGUGGCUCUGCAGAAGGAAAGUGACAUGGAGUCCCAGUGUGAGCUGAUGCAGGACAUCGUGGAGCAGAUUUUGGAGGAAGACUUUGACUCAGAACAGUUAUCCGUACUGGCUUCUUGCCUCCAGGAGUUGUUUAAAGCCCAUUUUAGAGGAGAGGUCCUUCCAGAGGAGAUCACAGAAGAGUCUCUGGAGGAGUCGGUGGGGAAGCCCCUUUAUCUGAUAUUUCGAAACCUUAUCCAGAUGCAGGAGGGCAGCAAUGGCUUUUCUCUGCUCCUGGACCUUCUCUCCGAGCUCUACCAGAAGCAGCCCAAGAUCGGCUACCAUCUGCUGUACUACCUGAAGGCCAGGACGCCCCACUACAGCAAGGCGGCGGCCGGAAAGAUGAAUUUAUAUGAGUCCUUUGCCCAGGCCACGCAGCUCGGGGACCUGCACACGUGCUUGAUGAUGGAUAUGAAGGCCUGCCAGGAGGACGAUGUGCGGCUGCUGUGCUACCUGACGCCUUCUAUAUACAGCGAGUUCCCGGAUGAAACGCUUAGGAGCGGAGAGCUUCUCAACAUGAUAGUAGCUGUCAUCGACUCUGCCCAGCUGCAGGAGUUGGUGUGUCAUGUCAUGAUGGGAAACCUGGUGAUGUUCCGGAAAGACUCUGUGUUGAACAUUUUAAUUCAGAGUUUAGAAUGGGAGACCUUUGAGCAGUACUGCACAUGGCAGCUCUUCCUCGCCCACAAUGUUCCCCUGGAGACUAUUAUCCCCAUCCUCCAGCACCUGAAAUACAAAGAACACCCCGAGGCUUUAUCCUGUCUCCUCUUACAGCUCAGACGAGAGAAACCUACUGAGGAGAUGGUAAAGAUGGUCCUCAGCCGGCCGUGUCACCCUGAUGAUCAGUUCACCACGAGUAUACUGCGGCACUGGUGCUUGAAGCAUGACGACAAUUUGGCGGAACAUAUCAAGUCUUUGCUCAUCAAGAAUAACAGUCUUCCCCGGAAACGGCAAAGUCUCCGGAGUUCGAGCAGUAAAUUGGCCCAACUGACGCUGGAGCAGAUCCUGGAACAUCUGGACAAUCUGAGAGUGAACCUGUCCAACACCAAACAAAACUUUUUCAGCCAGACGCCGAUCCUACAAGCCCUCCAGCAUGUCCAGGCCAGCUGCGACGAGGCACACAAGAUGAAAUUCAGCGACCUUUUCUCACUGGCGGAGGAAUAUGAAGACUCAACAAAGCCGCCCAAGAGUCGGCGGAAAGGUCCCAUGACGAGUCCUCGAAGUAGAAAGAACAUGGCGCAGCCGGCUAACACAGAAGAGGACUCUGCAUCCAGCACCGCAUCGGAGGAGGAAGACGCCAAGCCAAAGCCCAGCAAGAGGAAGAGGAAGGGGUCCGCCGCGGUGGGCUCAGACAGUGAUUGAUCCCCCCCACUGGUUGGAGCUGACGAUAUCCAGGCCGCAGUGGGCGGAUCAGGACGUUGUUGGGGACUUUAUCUGUACUGGGCAGAUCACUGCGUCUAACAAUUCACAUCAGUCCGCCAUCUUCCCCAGAAGCCACGCUACACGGGCGCAAUAAACUGAGUGGACGCUGAGCCCCUCCCAUGACGGAGGCGGGACCUUUAUACUAAAACAAAUUUCAUAUUUUCUUAUUGAACUGUAAAUAAAAGUCUCAUUACCGGACGCGCCGCCCCCAUACAGACAUGUACAUGUUUUUUAGAAAAAUAAUAUUUUAAAACACAAUAAAUGGAUUCCUGAAACCCA